AAUAUGUCCUUUAAGUUACCUGAGCCCAUUGAGGCUGAGAGAUCUGGGAAAAGAACAGCAAGAGAUCUUGAAGAGGAAAAUGGUUCCAGCUUGGAAGAUGAAACACUAAGCUCCAGUAAGGAAUCCUUGCUGCCUAGGAAAAAACGUGCACCAUCAAAUUUUUCCGAGUUUUGUACAUGGAGUGAGCAUGAUGAUGAAGCAGAUUCAAACUGUUUGAAGAGUCAACUCACAAGUUCUAAGAAAGGAAACUUUUCAGCAAGUCAAUGGGCCUAUAAAGAUCUUAUGUACUUAAAUAUCUUUUAUGAGGAUUUCCCAGAACCCUUGGAAAAAUUUAUUAAAGAUGUGAAGGAUGCUUUUAGGAAAGAGACAGGUUUUUCUCCUGAUCCCAGCAAAAUUACCACCUUUCUCAAGAAACAACUUGAAAAAAGUUUGACAUUUUCAUAUGAAGUAAGAAAAAUUGAAACAACAGAGAGGGAAAAUGUAAUAAAAGAGAUCAAGGAAAAUAUCGAAAGGGCAUGGAAAAUGUGUGAUGUACUACGAGAUAACACGUAA